AUGACGGUACCUAUGGAGACAGUUGAUGAUUCUGAAUUAAACGGUACCGCCCAUAAAUCUCCAGUAAUCAUUGUUAAAACAAAUGUGGAGAACGGGCCUGGAGAUUCUUAUCGUCCAACAAAGUGGCAGAGUAAUGUCACUCUUCUUAGUUGUUAUAUCGCAAACUUCAGCGACGGUUUCCAAAACAACCUCGCCAACCCGACCAAUAUCAUCUUCAUACAGCUUCUUGGCGCUGAUGGCUACUCGACUGACAUGAAAACUCGGAUCAGCAAUUCCUUAAUCAUCGGUUCUAUUUUGGGUGUUGUUGUGAUGGCUUAUACCGCGGAUAUGUUCUCCCGAAGGUCAAGCUUGCUCUUUACGUCAUUUUUGGUAGCCAUCGGUACACUGAUGUCGACGCUUGCUCUACAAGUCCACCCCUCCCAGAACAUGCUAUGGUAUUUUGUUGUGGUUCGAGGAAUUGCUGGGUUCGGUGUUGGAGGCGAAUACCCGCCGAGCGCGGCUGCCGGUCUUGAAGAAUCUGAUGAGUUGAUGAGAGCGUAUCGCGGGCCACUUUUUGUGUCCUUCACAACGCUGAUGGCUACCUCAGCUGGACCAAUCUUGCAGGUCAUCUACUUGGUUUGUCUGAUUGCGACAGACAAUAAUCUCACGGUCGCCUUUCAUGUCAUCUAUGGUAUCGCAACCGCUUUACCAGUAAUCGUUAUUGUUCUCCGCCUGUUCAUGGCUGAUUCGACGCUAUUCCAUUAUUCCAAUUUCACCAACCAGCGGCGAUCGUUGCGACUUUAUCUUCUUCUUGCCCGUCGGUACUGGUGGCGCAUCUUCACGACCUCCUUGGCCUUCUUCUUGUAUGACUUUAUCAAUUUCCCAAACAACAUCAUGUCUAGUACCAUCAUUGCGUCACUGGUGAAGGAUCAUGAUAUCCGCAAAACGGCCAUCUGGCAAGUCGUUCUCACCAUUCUACCCGUACCGGGUGUGAUGAUUGGUGCCUGGCUCACUAAUGCCAUUGGGCGACGCAAUACCGGUAUUCUGGGCUUUGCAGGGUAUAUGGUGCUUGGCUUCAUCAUUGGUGGCACAUACUCCACGUUGUCACAGCACGUUGCUGCCUUUGUGGUUCUCUAUGGACUUCUUCAAGCAUUCGGCCAUAUGGGUCCCGGGGCGACCAUCGGACUGAUUUCAUCCGAGUGCUUCCCUACUGCCAUGCGAGGAAUGGGUUACGGCAUAGCAACCGCCUUUGGUCGAACUGGCGCAGCGGUCGGUACCGAAUGUUUCAGUCCUUUGCAAGAUCAUGCUGGAAGUAAAUCGACGUUCUAUCUGGCCGGUGGGGUGGCGAUCCUCGGCAUUCUGGUCUAUUGUCUCCUUCCCGAGAGUAGCCGUCUGGAUCUGGCGGAAGAGGAUCGCGCACUAGAGGAAUUCUUGGCGGAACGCGGAUGUGCGAUGUCAACGGGGCAGAACUAG